CACGGUCGUUUUCGGUUGCGUGGAAGGCGCCGGCGAUGCGUUGUAUCUAACGUGUCGGCUCGGUCGUCAAAAUUUACGAAAAAGUCUCGGAGGCACCUCCGGUCGGCCCGUUCCGUCAAGUCACGGCGUAUCGUUUUAAAUUGCCGUCCUCUCAAAUAUGUCUAAGGUCUCUCUGAAAAGCAGGCUAGACGGCAAUAGCCUCGACUUGAGCCUGAACGAGCUUGCCGAACCACCGGUGAAAGAUCUCGCGGAACUACCGAAAGCCGUGAAGCUUGACUUGUCGUGCAACAAGAUCGCCGUGCUUCCCGAUGCGUUCUGCGGUUUGACACAUCUGAAGGAACUGGACCUGAGCAAAAACCAGCUGCGAGAACUGCCGACCAACUUCGGCCGCCUCAGCGCCCUGCAGAAGCUGGACCUUUACGGCAACAACUUGACCACGCUGCCGCUUAGCAUGUGCCGCAUGAAGGCUCUGCGCUGGCUCGACUUGAAGGGAAACCCGCUCGAACCUCGCCUCAAGGCGGUCGCCGGAGACUGUCUCGACGAAAAGCAGUGCCAGCAGUGCGCCAAAAAGGUUGUGGAGUACCUCCAGGCACAGGAAUCUGAGUUGGAGCGGGAGAAACAAAAGAGGCUCAGGGCACAACGAGAGCAAGAGGCACUGCGAAAGGCAGAAGAAGAAAAGGAAGCGGAACGCCAGAGGCUAGAGAAAAAGGCUGAGCGUGAAAAGAAGAAAGCAGAGCAGCGGCAGAAGAAAGAACAACAGCUCAAGCAGAAACAGCAGCUGCUGAAGGAGAUGGAAGUGACCCAGGAGAAACUCAAGCAGACCAAGAAAGAUGGAAAACAGAGUACAAAAUUGGCACCUGGCCAUAGCAAGCGUGGAGGAUGCUUCUCUAUGCUGAUGACGUUGGUCCUUCGCCCUUCUCCUUGUGGCGGUGUCCCUGUUCAGUGCAGUUGUGGUGCAUUCCUUUUACAAGCACAAGUAUCCCGUCACGUGGCCUUACGUGCAAGAGGUUGUACAGCCAGCAUUGGAAAACGGUGCAGAUCUAUUCAGUCCAAGGCUGGAACUUGGCCAGCGUUCAAGUACAGUCGUGGACCAAGGAGGUCGUCCGUGUGGUUCAGGUUGCAGUGAAGGCCAAAAAGUGACAAUGUGGUUCUUUCCUUCUUCCCACUUUUGCGUUCCUUCAAUACAUCCACUCUUUAUUUUUCCUUGUAAAAGAAAAAAAAAGCUGUCUGCUGUUGCAGCAGCCCAGUGCCUAUGGCAUUGCGCAGUUGUACUUGAGGUCACAGGUUGAAUCCUGGCUGCAACGGUCGCAGUUUAAUGAAAGCGAAGUGCAAAAACACUUGCAUAAUUAAAAGUACUUCUUGCGGGGCUAGUUGGUGGAAUGUAGCUCAAAAGCAAGCACUAUCAUAUUGUGUCCAUCUCAAUUAGCACCCUUUUAUACUUGCAUACUUAGAUUUAUUUACAUGUAUGUGAAAGAACUACAUACAGAUGGUGAAAAUCAAUCCAGUGUACCCUAUAAUGGUAGACCUCAUUCGAAUUGUGCUAAUGGUACAAGACUCCCAAAUUCAAUUUUAUAAAAACAUGUUAAUGAUGCUGCUAAGUGUGCAUGAAUAUUCCAAAUUUCCAAUGUGACUUCGAUACAGUCACUUUAAGCCAGAGUUUUGAAGUUGAAAGCCAAACUUCUGUUUGUUCUUCUCACAUUUCCUUAUUUUUGUUUUUAUGCAAUCUCUAAAUAUACACAAAUGAAUUAAAAUAUUGAAAUACUGUAUAUACCUGUGUAAUAGCUGCCCUGUGCUUGGUUAACGAAUCUCCGAAAGAGUAUACUUAAAAAUCACCGGUGUAUAAUCCGGACCCUUAAUUUUCUUAAAAGGUUAGCAGUGUUAUCAAUUGUGUGGUUCAAGAAUGCCAAACCCUUUUUUUCUCUUUUUUUAUGGGAGCAAAGCAAUGUAGCUGUUGAGUUUUCAGCGCCUCCAGGUAUCAAAACAUGGCCUCUGUGAUUUAACAGUUGUGCCCGAGGUGCUUCAGUUCACCUAAGACCCCUGACUCUAUGGCUGAAGAGAGCAUCCCUCAUGGAUGUGUGCCACUGUAUUUUCGAAAGUGUAGUGUUGGAUUUGCUUCCAAGACUUUGGGGAAUAGCUCCAAGUUCACGGGAAUCUCAAACAAAUUCGGUGGAAUGGGGGAUGGCCUUGUCUGGAGCAGAGGCGAGUGAAUGUGACAAGUUCGGGGGAGGACAAGGAAUUACAUAUUUAGCAACUGUGUAAAAGGGCUGAAUUUCAUUUUCGAUUCUUGAAGGUACAACAAGUACUGCAGAUAAAUGAAGGGAAGUAGCACUGAAAACACGUACAAAAGAAUAGUCUCUAUCUUUGUGUAAUGGUCGCACGUGCAAUUUUCGCCCGAAAUCUCAAAAAAAACCAGCAGCCAUUAUAUGAGCUAGCAUAUAUUGUAUUUCCUAUUUUUGUGGACACUGCUCAAUUUUUCAAGUACCAAAGCUACACAAGACAUUUGGCUUUUAGAGAGAGUUGCCUGGCAUAGGAAUACUUGAGGUGCAGUUCUUAAUUAAGGAUAUAUUCGCUGCACACCUUGGAGAUUGCACACAUACGUUACUGAGCAUCGGUACAACUUAUGCAUUGGUGGUUACCUUGUGAAUAGAAGUGAGGAAGCUGGCUGCUGGUGGUGGCAGGUCACAGUUUGUUUACUCUGUCACGUUAGUGCAAGAGAAAAUAAAAACGUCUACAGGCGUGUGGAAAUCGACAGUUAUUCCAGCUAAGCUGAUGCUUGGGUGGCAAAAUAGGCGACUAAUCUGAUAGAUUGCAUAAGCAUCACUGGAGCGCAGAAGUUUGGAGCAUGGAAAUAGCUAGGAAAUUGAAUUCAAUUGCUGCAAUGUGGUGGCAAUGCAGGAGGGUACAGGCAGCAAAUGUGGAUUAUGAAUAUGGACCAGUUUUUCCAAUAGAAUUGUAUAUUCUCAUGAACCUCUUGCUUCAAAAGUUUUCUGGUCAGAGGUAGCUUUUGAUACUGAUAUAAGGGAAAGUCAGUCACCAGCCGAUAUCAGAGUCUUCAUCUGAAGUGUUUGCCUUCAUAUACAUGUGCGAGGUCCUUCAUAGAGGAACAGUGACGGGAAGGGAGGCAUAGCCUGACAGCAUCACUCUGCAAAAUAAAGACUGCUGGAAGCUCUCUUUU